AUCAACUCCUUAGAAAGAUAACAAAUUGAGAUAAGCUACAAAGACAAUCCUAUGGACACAAUGAAUUCUACAGCAAAGACUGAUUGCGUUGAGGGCUUUCACUUGGAUCCUGCAAACAUGAACACUUCAAGAGGAAAGGAAGAGUUAACCGAAGGAACAAGAGUUGAAAAGGUGGAGACAUUUGAUUACCAAACACCGCCAGGAGAAGAAGGCAAAGAACCUACUAAGAAAGGCGUACAGGUGAUUCACCUGACUAGAAAGGAACCCAAUGCUGCAAGCUGUGGGGGUGGCGAUGGCAUCUUGGCUGGGGCAGCUGCAGCUGUUUCAAAGACCCUUGAAUCAGCCAAGGGUAUGAUUUCCGGGACUGGCCAAGAUAAGACAACAAAAUGACUGCAUCCCACUGAAUGUAUCAACCAAGCUUAUAUUUCUUAUGCAUGGAUUGAAAUAAAAUCAAAAUCUUGAUUGAA